CGGAGGCGGAGCCGCCGAGGGAGCGUCCAAAGCGAAGGAGGAGGAAAUAGAGAGAGAGACUGAGGCCAGAGCCUGGAGCUGGCAUUAGGCAGAGAACUAGGAUCGGAACCGUGGUAGCGGUCGCGGUCGCGGUCAGGCCGAGAUGCCGAGCCCGCCCCGUUCUCCGUGAGAGUUGACUGAGAGAUGCCGAGAGGUCGGCCAGCAGCGCAGCGCAGCCCGGUCUUCCCUUAGCCCCUCACCCCCCAGCUCGGGGCCGCGCAGAGUUAGCGGGGGCGAUCGCUGUUCAAAACCCUUCCUUUUCCCUACUCUCCUUCACCUUACUCCUUCCCGGUCAGUCUGUGUCCUCGAACGAGGCGAGGCCGCCGUCUCAACCCCCACCGCCUCCAUCAUGGUUUACUUGAUGGGAACCAUGCUUACUAUCCAUCCACUUGAGAACUUGAGGGUGUACAUCAGCAACCGUCCUCCACUUGUGGUGUUUAUGAUUAGUGUCAGUGCAAUGGCCAUUGCUUUCCUGACAUUGGGUUACUUUUUCAAAAUAAAGGAAAUCAAGUCUCCAGAAAUGACAGAGGACUGGAAUACUUUCCUGUUGAGAUUUAACGAUCUGGACUUGUGUAUAUCUGAGAAUGAAACUUUAAAACACCUCAUUAAUGAAACUACCACCCCAGAGAGCACAGUAACAAGUGGACAAAUGCGAUCUUCCACACAGUCCCCAUCAGUUCUGGAAGAUCCUGGACCAAUAAAUAUUUCGGUCUCUAUAACACUCACAUUGGAUCCUCUAAAACCUUUUGGUGGAUAUUCACGCAAUAUUACCCACCUUAGUACAACUAUAUUUGGACAUCAGAUUGGACUGACAGGGCAUGAAUCACAUGAAGAAAUGAAUAUUACAUUUACUUUGCCAACUUCCUGGAAUUCCGAUGAAUGUGUACUCCAUGGCCACUGUGAGCAGAUGGUUUACACAACAUGCAUGACCAUUACAGCCACAGCCAAUGUUUUUCCUGUCACAGUCCAGCCACCACAUUGCAUCCCUGAAACAUUCAGUAAUGCUACCAUCUGGUAUAAAAUCUUCACCACAGCUAGAGAUGCAAAUACAAAAUAUUCACAGGAUUACAACCCAUUUUGGUGUUACAAAGGAGCAAUUGGGAAAGUGUAUCAUGCACUUAAUCCUAAACUAACGGUCAUUGUGCCAGAUGAUGACCGUUCACUCAUUAAUUUGCAUUUGAUGCAUACCAGUUACUUCCUCUUCGUCAUGGUGAUUACAAUAUUCUGCUAUGCGGUUAUUAAAGGACGGCCAGGGAAAAUACGACAAAACAAUAGUGAAUUCUGUUCAGAAAAGGUAACUCCUUCUUUUCCUGUGACUCAGCCCGAUUUAAAGAGAAAUUAUACUCUGAUCGUGAUGCCUGUUAAAUACAGACACUAACACAGUACAUAAUUGUUGCACUAUCAGAAGCAUAAAUCGCCCUCAUUACUGGAAGUGGACAGGUGAUAGCAUUUGCACGUUGAACCCAAAAUUAUGGGUGUCGACACUUUUGAUUCCAGUGUCCUGCAACGUUGGUUUAUUCCAACCAAAGACAUUUUAAGUGCCUGUAUUUACUUUGUACAUAUUUGUAAUAAUAUAUCCAAAACCAGUCUGUUGAUGCACUUGUGCCACAUGCUAAUUGCGAUUUUUAGAAAAAAUUAAAGACAAAAAAGUUUGCGACCAUACCCAGUCUGGAUGUACAGAAAGAAGGUUCUUGAAGAUUAACCAUGAUUUCAGAAGCAUUACUUUACUUUUCUGUUGAGGAUUUUUGAACUGUUUUGAGGCUUUGAGUUGCAGAAAUACUUUUUAAAAAUAAACCAGUAACAUGUAUCAAAUGUGUAAAUAAUGUGUUGGAAAUAUGUGCUGUAGUGGUAUAUGCUGCAUUUCUGACACCAAUGAUCUGUUAAGUAUUUGAAGUUGAUGUGUAUAUGUAGUUCAGCACAAUCAUUAUCUCGUUAAUGCUUGACAGAAAAGGCAUUAAACCUUUUGGAACAUUGAAGAAGACAAAUGUAUAUUAUAAAGCAUUUCAGUUCCGCUUGAGCUUGCAGGAAAUGUAUAUGGAAUUCAUUGUGUAAUUUACUAUACUGCUGUCCAGCAUAAGUGCUUGCUUAGCCAUGCCAGUGUUGGCUGUAUUACAUGUAUGCCUUGCUGGAAUACUGUACACAAUUUCCUCCACUUUUUCUCUCCUAUGUACAGGCCUCUCGCCCCUCUUCCCUAAUCCAACCACUUCCUUAGUCAAACUCUAUUUGCAUGUAUAGUAUUGUGCGCAAACUCGUCCACAAAAUUGCCUUAAUCUCAGUCUUUCUAUUGGCCUUAUUUUUGUCUUUUCUUGUUUUGUUAGCCACUACAAAUUGAUUGAAAUACCCCCUUCACAACUUUUGUUGAAUUCACAUUGUUUAUAAUGUGUGUAGUGAUUGUUAAAUGAAAGAAAUUCAAAGCUAUCAUAAAAAGCUUAAAAUGAAGUCUGACAGCUGAUGGAAAUUGAAAGUGGCUCCCACUUUGCUCCCCAAGUGGCCCAUAUUUUAAAAAAAAUUGAUCAGAGGCCUCAAUUUUAGACUACACUUAUCAUUAAUUCGGUGUAUUUCUGUGAAGUGAAAGAUUUUUUUUGAGUUCCUUGAUCCCUUCCCAGUUAUGUCAUUGUUUGAAAUGAGCCUUAUUUAUUGAAUUAAACCAGAAUGAAACAAAUCUUCUGACAAUAUGUUGGUAACAAUGGAUCCAAACAGUGGUGAAAAGCAGUGAAGAAUGUCGGGGUGCGGGGGGGGUGGUGGUAAGAAAAAUCUCAAUUUUUGAUUACUUUUGAGUAUUACACUUCUGCUUCCCCAAGCAACUUUUUGUUAAUAUUUACGUGACAACUAAAAAUUUGAGUUUGGAGAAUGACAUGUACUUCAUUUUGCGAAACAGACUUUCAGAUAAGCAUGUGAUUGGUUGUAUUGGUACUCAAGUAUGCUGAAAUCAAAUAGUCUGAAGUUAUGCUUUUUAUUCCUUCCUGAUUCAGUUAGAAGCCACCUCAGCACUACAAAUAAAAUAUAGAAUGCAAAUUAGGCUUGAUUCAAAAUAUAAGUAUGUCAGCCCUGACUAGAAUUGCAACUUAUUGCAGUGUCUGACUAGUAUGUUAAAUAUUUCAUAGCAUACAUGUUGUGCAUCUGUGUAAGUUGCUGAUUUUCCAUUCCUGUCUCCUAAUCUGAAUGUGGAGAUGUAUUGAUUCCGAGCUAUUGCAUAAACUGAGAUUGCCUCUGUAAAUGUGAUUUUUUUUUAAACCGUAGUCAUGUUGCCUCAAAUCUCAGUUCAUUGGCAAAGUGCCUGAGCACUGUUUAGAAUGCCCCAUAGUUUGUUUAGAAAGGGAAGUCUUUUUGUGACUUGUGUUGCUUGUUGUCUUGUUGCAUGAUUGUAAUCAUAACACAUUAUUUUAUGACAAUCUCUGGUUUCUGGAGUUUAUGUGCUUUUUGGUAAAAUUUGCAUAUGCUUUUGCUGAAUAAAAGGAUCCAAUGACUUAAAA